GCACCGUUAACGACCUUCGAGUUCAACACGAGCACCGCCAGCAUCAUGCACUCCCACUACGACUGCUCUUCAAUUCAUCCACCUUGACGAUACUCUCUGUUCCUCAAUUCUUUCACCAUCUUGAAUCCGACGACUUUCCCUUGAGAAAAAUACUUGUUGUGCCCUUCACUUUCACUACUCAUAUCAAACGUUUGCCGGCGCCGCCGUCUCCUGGUUCGAACCACUCACAACCUACCUCAUCCCGCCACGGCUGUCUCGAAGCCCCUCCACGGCCGGACGACCUUGUUACCCCAGACAUACCUUGUCCAUCAUACGCAAAGAUCCUCGGCCUAGACGACCCUGCAGCCACCGGCGUCUUUGAGAAGGCGCGGCGACCGUUUAGCCCACCACCAUUCCAGAACGAACAAGUUUCUUGCCUGACUCGACUCACGAAAGACCAAUCCCGUUGCUCCUCGUGCUGCCACUGUGCACACCCAAGGACCGCCGCCAGUUGUGAACGAAGAACGCCCGCCUGUGACGUUCGAAGAUUGAAAGGCCGAUCCUCUUUUGCCUUUGUUCUAAUCGGCAAGCCCACCGUACUGCUUGGUCCCUCGCGAGUACUUCGCUGCCCUCCGCCAGCCUUCUCUAUACAUACUUUACAGAGGAGACUCUUUGUAACUUGAACAUUUCUUGUUUGACGACUGCCGUACGAUUUCGUCCUUCGGAUCUGUUGUAUAGUUGUAUUUCCACCACCUGAGGAACCAGUCCCUCCCUGCCCGAAUCCGACUGUACGACCUUUGUAAUACAGAGAAGCGCCGCCGAAGAAUUCCAUUGACUUACAAGACACAGACGAUUUUGCUUUCUCGGCUCUACACUCGCAAGCAUAUGGCAUUCUGAAUAUCAUUCUCAAGACCUGUCUCCCGAUACCCCUCCCAGCUCGGACUAGCACAUGGUCUACUGUCGAAUCAAGCGGUUUUGGCAAUAGGUGCAACGUUGUUGAUACGAGGGGAGAUUCAAGAGCUGGAGAUUUGCAUACGGUCUACUGCGAACUCUCGACAGCCGCAUUAGACUCGAGUGUUGUUCUUAUCGAGGAACCGAAGCAGACGCCGGCAACAUGGCUGCGAUUUCGCCGGAAGCUGUGCCAAGUGACAUGACGGAUGUGAACGAGGCCGACGCAGUGUCCUCGGAAGGGAACGCUACGUCAAAAGGAGAGGCCGUUGAGCCGGCUCCGUUGUUGAAACCAGCAUUUCCUCCGCCGAAAACGGACAAACCUCGUCCACACGUCUGCACAACGUGCAUGCGGUCCUUUGCCCGCUUGGAGCACCUAAAGCGCCAUGAACGCUCCCAUACCAAGGAGAAGCCGUUCCAAUGUCCUGAAUGCGCCAGGUGCUUUGCGAGACGGGAUCUGCUGCUACGGCACCAACAAAAACUUCACUCCUCGACAACACCAUCUUCCAGACCACGCGCCGCACGACGAGAGAGUGCUGCUGGGGUGGCUACCGGGCGUGUGCGCAAAAACUCCACCACCAACGGACCGCCAUCGAUGAGGCCCAGAGCAAAUACCCUUAGCCACGUGGACUCAUCUACCCUCGGCAUGCGGGCCGAGUCAGUUCGAAACCCGAGCCGCAUGUUUGCCCCUGGACAGCACCAUCACAACUCUGCCGGCGUAAUGGGGGCAGCCCAGGGGUAUACACACCGCAGCGGAAAUGCCAAUCAUUUAAGUCUACACCUGCCCAAGCUGGAGACCCACGGGCUUUCCAUGGAUCUUUCGGGUGGGCUGCGAACUGCACCACCUUUUGGCGGUUUUGGUGCUGAGUUUGGUCUAGGCCACAUGGACUUUGACUCGGAGCAAGGAGAUACCAUCAAUCCACAUGCACUGCACAUGACCAAUUUACAAGGACUAGGCUUGGAUCCGGCGGCAUCUUCGUUCCAGCAGCUGUUACAUGGGAUGUCAACUUCUCAAGCUAUCGCCGACGACGACACGAGCUUCGAGUGGAUCGCACAAGGCUUUGAGAACCAAAUGUCAUUUGCACAGGCCAACGAAAACGCGAUUGACGACUCUUCUCCUUCCGCCAUGAGUACGAAUAGCCCUGGUGGUAUGAAUGACAUGACCAGCGAUCAGACCCUGCCGGCGAUGAGACAGACUGGAGUUUCCAAUGGCAACCUGUGGUCUACUAACCUUACAGGGCCUACUCCGAUGAUGGACAGUCCGGCGGGUAUGGAUUUGAUGUCGAGUUUCACCGACUUCAUGCACGGCCCGGUAGAGACAAUCUCUCCCAAGUCGUUGUUGCCUCAUGGAGUGUCCCUGGAUAUGAGCCUGCCGACUCCACCCGAAUUUGGCUCUCUAGACAUGUCGGGAAUGCAAUCAAGCAUGCACUUCCCCGGAUUCCAACUACCACUCGGUGCGGAAGGGCCUGCGUCUGCCUCAUCCACAACUUCUAUGGAUAGCUCCCUUCGCCAGAGUUCAGUGACGACGAUGUCUUCCGAAUUCGUGAGCGACCGUGUUCGGAAUGUUUUGAUCGACGGGCUCUCUCAAAAUGCCGGCUUUGGACAGCGAAAGUACCCACAACCAGCGAUAAGUUCGCCGUUAUCUCCUGGCACAGCUUCGCGUACCAAAGGUUUCAGCGCGAGUGCAUUCCCAAGUACUCACGAUCUACGGCGGUACGUGAUGGCAUACAUCAAGUACUUCCAUCCCCAUCUCCCUUUUCUCCACAUUGCAUCGCUCAACUUCGAAUCCCCGGAGUUUACGACUCCGAUUAGGCUUGUGUCGGGCCAAUCCCAGUUUGGCCAGGCAACUGUCGCCGGAGGGGGUAGCUGUCUAAUACUAUCGAUCGCCGCGAUUGGAGCCUUGUAUGAACAUGAGGUGUGUCACUCGAAGGAGUUGUUCGAAGGUGCCAAACGGCUCAUUAGCAGCUACCUCGAAGAACGGCGCAAGGCGAACAUGACCAGGACGCAGUUUGCUCCACGACAUUCUACGGAACGGGAGGACACUCCACUUUGGCUGGUUCAGGCCAUGUUGUUGAAUGUCAUAUAUGGGCACAAUUGUGGGGACAAAACCGCUGCCGAGCUAGCGAGUAAUCACUGUGCAGCCCUAGUCAGCCUGGCCCGCGGCGCUGAACUCGCACGGCCCUCCCAGGGGCUGUUUAGAGAGGGUCACAAACCACAAUCUUCAGGCGGCCCAUCGAGUUCAAUGGCCUCCAGCGGCUGGAAUUCCAUGCUUAGUGAGGCGGAGGACUCUGACUGGAUGGAAUGGAAAGUGAUGGAGGAACGCAAGCGAACUCUGUAUGCUGUUUUCAUCCUGUCCAGCAUGUUGGUGACAGCCUAUAACCAUCCUCCGGCUCUCACCAACUCGGAGAUACGUCUGAAUCUGCCUUGCGAUGAAGAGUUUUGGGCUGCCGAAUCGGCUCAAGCAUGGCGUAGCCUCGGAGGCGCGGUCGGCGCGGAGGCCAAUUCCACCACGUUCGCGGAGUCUCUGACUCACCUACUCAUGGCUGCUCAAAGGCAACGGCGACGAAGUAGUGCAGCUGUUCCACAAGGAUCUCCCCUGGAGCCGGAGCUCAAACCCAGCACGUUUGGCUGCCUCAUCCUGGUCAAUGCUCUGCACAACUACAUCUGGGAAACGCGCCAACGUCACCUUGGCCGGCAAUGGACCGCCAGUGAGACGGAACAGAUGCAUGCGCACAUUGAGCCCGCACUCCGCGCUUGGCAAGCUGCGUGGGCAAGUAAUCCCACUCACAGCCUCGAACGGCCCAAUCCCUUUGGAGCCGGACCUUUGUCGGCUGACUGUAUUCCCUUACUCGAUCUCGCAUACGUCCGUCUCUUUGUCAAUUUUGGAAGGUCCAAGGAGGCAUUCUGGCAACGUGAUUACGAUGCUAUGGCCCAAGAAUUGGCCAAAAGCCCUCUGCCUACGCGGUCUCCAAGCACAUCCGCUGGGGCCAAGAACAAGGCGUCGCCCAAUACGGAGCCCGAAAACCGUGGCGAGGAGCAGAGCGGGUCACCGGGACAAGGUGCCGGGUCAUCAGGCACGUGGGAAGGGCAAGGGUCCAACCGGGAAGAAUCCCAAUUGGCACGCCGAGAGCGGUAUCUGCGCAAGGCUGCAUUCUAUGCGGCUGACUCGUUGUCGAUGUCGGAUAAACUGGGACUCAGCUUCGCCGAGCACACGUCCCGAGAACUACCCACGCAGUCCGCGAUGUGCGCUUUUGACUGUGCUCAGGUUCUAGCGGAGUGGAUUGCCGCUGUGCAAGAGCGCGUGGGCAAGUAUAUUGGGAUCAUCGGCAGGGACGACAUGAACUUGAUGGAGGUGCCUAGCAUCUUGCUUCUGGAGGAUGAAGACCGAAAACUUAUCCACAAAUUGGAGGAGAUCCUGUCCAACGCUGAGCUCAAGAUUGAAUCCGGCGGCGGUUACGACCUGUCUGCUGCCCGAGAAGGAGGGCAUGGAAGCAGGAUUCUGGUACUAACAGCAUACCUUCUCGAAAGAGAUGCUGUUUGGCCAGUCUUCAAACUCAUGGCACGGUCCCUCGAGACCCAAGCGGCCCACAUCAAGGAGCGAGCGCUGGCCUCGGUCGCUUAACCCUGACGGCCAGUGGAGAAAGAUAUCUUGCGACAAGGUGAUUUGAAAUGAGUUCAUGAAGACCAUAUUUUAUCUUCGCCUUCCCCUCGUGCUGCUGUGGAAGCAGCAACUGAUUGACCAACGCAGUUACGGUCAUGAUUUUCACCGAGAAGAUGUUGGUACAUACGAAUUGUGAAGCCAUGUGACGGCGAUAUACUCACUCAGUUACGACAAUCAUGACGACCAGCAUAUGAGAGACGAUGAUUUGCAUCUAUGUUUAAAAAGGUGUGGGAUUGUGGGAUAUUUGAUGAGCGUGCGUCCGGGUUAACGGAGACCGUGUCGCUGGAUAUAAUGGAGAGAGCAGACAGUUAGAGAGGAAGGGGCCUGGCAAGGAGUGGCCUCGGGGAACGAAUGGGCUUUUGUUCACGAGGACGACGAGCUUGAUGCAGCGCUCGGCCUGGGCUGUUGUACGAAGGGGGCGGACAAAUACGGCCUGCCUAGGGAGGCACUGCUACUGGGCGACGCGUAGUAGCCGAAGGGCUGUCCGGAUGGUGAUGGUUGAACCUACUAUCCCAAUAACAAACACUCUGAUGCUGUCGAAUAUCUGCGGCUGAGAACUGAGAGCAUAUCUCGUACGUACUGUAGAUGAUCUGGUGUAGUACUACUAGUACUGUACGACGACGAUUCGUCUGAUGGCAUUACUACUGGCUCGGAGUUUGAAGUCGAAAUUCCAGGUCGUCACUGUCACUCCAAGAAAUGCCAAGGUCGCCCGGCUUCUUGUGUCCGGAGCCCAUGGCGUCCACCGCACCCAAUCAGAUACUCAGAUAGGGCAGCAGCCACCCACGCAAGUAGGGCACUUUUGCUGGU